GGAAGCAGUUGGUUCACAGCUGACACUUUUUUGUUUUGGUGUACGCGGCUGUAUCCACAUCUUCUCUAAGAGCUGUUUAUAUCCUCACUGAAGUCACAGGACGAUGAAGAAAUUUUUUGAAGACAUUAAAAAGGACAUAAAGUUCAAGUCAGCCGGGCCUGGUAAAAAGCUGACAGAGGAUACCAGUGCCAGACCUGAGCCUGUCCACAGCAGCACCGCCAGACCUUAUCAUGCACCUAGUGAAGGAGCCCAGAGAGCAGGGGCAGCUGCUCUGGCACGUAUAGAGCAGCAGCACAAGCCCAAAGUGCACACUUCUCACGAUACCAUUAGGAACCAAGUAAAAAGAGAAUUGGAGGCUGAGGCAGCGGCACUGGCUGAAAAAGAAAAGCCGGAUACUGCGGAGGGCUCUCAAGUAAAAGACCCUUCCAGUUUGUCAGUGUCUGGUGUGUAUUUCACUUGCCCUUUGACAGGAGCCACUUUAACCAAGAGUGAAAGGGAGGUCCACAUAAAAGAAGCAAUUUUUAUGCGUUUUGAGGAAGAUGCAGUGGAGGCCUCUGUUAUGAUGAUGCACACGUUCAACAAAGACAGAGAUAAAGUGAAAGCUGCUGUUGACAUCAUAAGCAAGUAUGUUGACAACAUUUGUAAAAAUCCAUCAGAAGAAAAAUACAGAAAAAUUAAACUCUCCAACAAGGUUUUUCAGGAGAAAGUGCGAUGUGUUGAGGGCAGCAGAGAGUUUCUUGAGGCACUCGGUUUUAUAAGCACUUCACUUCCUGUAGAAGGUCAAGAGGAAGAGGAGUUCUUGGUGCUGCCAGAGCAGAGCUCUGAUGAUCUGGAGCUAAUGAAAGAGAGGAGGGACCGCCUGCAGAGAGGAGAGCCGGUCAGAGCUGUGCUGGACAGGCAACCUCAGGCCCUCAGACCGUCGCCCAACGCUCAGCGCUUUGAGCUUCCUCCAGAGUUCUAUAACCUCUCAGCCGAGGAGCUCAAGAAGGAGCAGCAGCAGCGGAGUGAUUUAGUCGAAAAGAAUUCAAUGUUGCGGACUAAGGUAAUGAGAGAGAAAGAUGAACAGAGAGAGAGACGAAAAUACAACUACACUUUGCUGAGAAUCAGGUUGCCUGAUGGAAACCUGCUACAAGGGACCUUUUAUGCCUGGGACCGUCUCACUACAUUGUACAGUUUUGUGAGAGAGUCUCUGGUGGAUGGCUGGCAGCCAUUUGAACUGAUCGCUCCUGGAGGCCAAAAACUACAGGAGUCAGAGGAUGUGGCUCUUGCAGAGUGCAAUUUGGUGCCCGCUGCCUUGCUCACCUUUGCCUGGGACGCAGCUGUGCAGGCCGAUAUCGCAGCCGCAGGAGGAAAAAGUCCUGCUCUGCUGAAACCAGAGCUUCUUGAAAAAAUUCAGACCCUGAGCUGAGUCAACACUGCUUUCAUACUUUAGAAUUACCUAAUGACUUGUGACAUGUACUUUACAACUGAAGACAGUAGCAGGCAGUCAAACACCAGGGGCAUCGCUGAUGCAAUUACAAUAUUUUUGAGUCCAGCCCUGUCCCAUUCUGUGGGCAGAAUUCUACUGUACAUACUUUAACAUCUAGAGUGUGCUUUAAAAGAUGAAAGACAAGUAUAGUUGUGUUAAGUGAAGUCCAUGUUUGUGGUUUGGAUACAUGACAGUUUAACACAUGAUAGAAGGUUUAUGGAUGGGUAAAGUUCAGUAAGAUUAAUGAGUCAUGCUGAAGGCAAGAUGGGUGUAUCAAUGACAGGGUUAUCCAGUGUCCAUUUGAUAAACUGUUUCCUGUCAUUGACCUUCUGAUGUGAAUCUGGCUCAGCUGCACAACUCUGGACUGCUGUGUCCUGCUUCACUUAAGCUGUUAACUUUGCACUACUGAACUUGGCUGUGUGAAUUUCAAACCUCACAGCACGUUAACAAGUCAGGAAAAUAUUAAAUGCUUCAAUGUUCAUUUCAUCAUCGUUUAUUGUUGCAACCGUAUUGCGUAAUUCAUGUUUGUUCAUAUUAAGUAUUUAAUUGAUUUCAAUAAUCUACAAAUUCCACAUUAAUAUGCAUAAGAUCAAAAGGUUAAUUUGGUUUUAAUUUGGUUAACAUCUACCUCUAAUGUUUAAAUGCAUCCAUUGCAUGUAAACCUUAACAGGCAGUUAAAGAGGAAUACAGUUAAUGUUAAACACCUGUGAGAUGUUAAUUUGGACAGAGCCUUGUCCAGUCGUUUGGACUUUUGUGAGGCUUGCACCAUGUGACUGUUUAAGAUGCUGUUUUGUGCAUUUCCUUUUAUUCUGCCUGUAACCAAGACCGUUAACAUUAAGUCAAUAAACAUGACAACAAAGUUGCUUGCUGACAACCA